AUGCCUUCUAUUCGCUCUAAAGGCAGGCCGUUGCCCAUCAUCAUUGCCCUCAUUCUGGGUUUAUUGUUUUGCUUAGCAGUUCCCGCCACAGCAUCAGCAUCUCAGUAUUCUCCCAAGGCGGGAGACAAGUCAGAUUUAAUCUGUCACACAUCAAAUCCAGAAGAGUGUUAUCCCCUGGUAUUUGAACCGACAGAUGAGUUCCAGAUUGUUCACGAUGACCAACAACUACCGAAUGGACUUCACGUUCGCUUGAAUAUCUGGACUGGCAAGAAAGAAGCCAAGAUCAACGUACCUGAUGAGAUCAACCCCGCUCUAGAAGGACUACCUGUCGACCAAGCCGUGGUUCUCGUCGACCAGGAGCAGCAAGAGACAAUUCAAGUACCCAAGGGCGCACCAAAAUACAACAACGUUGGCAAGAUCAAGGAGCCUGCGCCAGGGGGAGAGGCUCAGGUAGAAGCUAUUGCCUUUAUGGAGACGUUCGAAAUGCUCAAGUCUGGUGUCAUCCCGAGCGAUGAGGAGUUUGAUCACGGUCUGGAAGGCCUCGAAGAGCUCUCUCAUGACAUUUACUACGGACUCAAAAUCACCGAGGAAACAGACGUGGUAAAGGCACUCUUCUGCUUGAUGGGAACCCCUGAAGGCGAAGUCUCUCAGGGAGCCACUCCACGAGGCCAACAAGCGGCGGCUAUUCUCGCCGGUGCCCUUUCCAACAAUCCUUCGGCACUCAACGAGAUUGCCAAGAUCUGGACGGAGCUCAUGGACUCAAAAUGCCCUCACGACGGCGCCACAAUCCACGAACUUUUCUACCAUCACACAAUCUCGCCUGCUGAUUCUCCAGCAAAGGUCAAGGCCGCCGUCUCCGCCAUUAACGGACUCCUCAAGGACGAGCAGAUUAGGAAGCACUUUUUGGAAAACAACGGCAUGAAGCAGCUGUUGCCAAUUCUCUUCCAGGAGAAAGCCGAGUGGGCUGGAGCGCAGCGAAAGAUUGGGCAGUUGGUUCUUGAUACCUUCUUGGACGAGGAUAUGGGCGCCCAGCUUGGCCAGUGGCCUAGGGGUCAGGCAUUAAGCAAAGAGGUGUGCGUGGUUCCGGAGACGGCGCUAGAGGACGGCUGCUGGGACUAUCAUGCGGAGGUGAUGGCGAGAUUGCAUGGUACGCCGUGGAGCAAGGAGCUGCGAAAGAGACUUGCGAGCGCGCGAAAGACGAACGGCAAGCUGCCGAACCAUGGCGAGCUAUAG